AUGGAUCACGCAUGGAGUCCCUGCCUGGCAUCGGUCCAAGUUUUCCUGUGCAUUGCAGUGCAAACUGGCAAGCUGGAAGUUUACGCGAUUCGUCUUGAGAGCUUUUCCAUGACAGAAUUCGAUGAAGCUGGCUUGGCUGAAGUUGCUUUCGACUCGGAGUGGCAAAUUGAGCCUCCGGACGACACCAUCUCACACCAUCUCUUCGACUCUCCGGCCGAGGUCGCGGAACUGGAUGAGAGCGAUGCAGAUCUGUGGAGGCGUGCAGCUUUGUCAGUCAGCACAACUUACCGUAUCAGCUCGAAUGGCAGUUGGUUUCCAGCGUGGUACAUGAGCCGACUUGAAAUCAAAGUCGCAAGCACAAAAGGCAGAUUUUUUCACCCGUGCCUGAGCAGUACAUGA